CAAAAUGAUUAUCUUAGAAUAGAAGAUAUGCUGUCUCUCGCAUCACAUAAAUUAUCAAUAGUUAUGUAAGUGGUCUUGAAAAGGAUUAUUUUUUUCUGUCUCUGUCUUGACUGCCUCAUUUGGACUCGGACUUGACUUGGACUCGACAAAGGUGGACUUGACUACAGCCCUAUUGUAGUGCUUUUGAUUUUUUUAUUUUUUUUAUUUUUUAAAUCAGGCCAUUCAGGGCCAUUAACUAUCACUCCUUGCCAGUGCGUUGAUUACUGAACUAGGGAGCUAACUGAAACGCACCCAGAUAUUUAGAUUUCUUUCUGUUAUUUAUUCUCACAGAUUGUCCAAACACACAGAAAAACUCCUAGUGAAGCAACUGAGAUCCAUGUUACACUAUUAUAAAGAUGGCGUUUAUUAAAGAGGAGAGCGAAGACAUAAAGAUUGAAGAAGAAGAAACCAUAAGAGUGAAACAAGAAGAUUUUCAGAGACAAACAGAUCUGAUGGCAGUGAAAGAGGAGAGUCAAGAGGACACUAAAAAGGAAGUCAAAGAACUGUAUGCUAAACAUCAUGAUUUAAUAACUGGAGAAAAAACCUUGAGUUGCUCACUGAAUGAGAAGACUUCAAAAAGAAAAAGAGCUCAAAAUAAAGAAACUGUAAGUAAUAUGACUUGCGAAUAUUGUGGGAAGACUUUCAUAAAACAUAAAAACCUUCAAGUUCACAUGAGAAUUCACACAGGAGAGAAGCCAUUUACAUGCCAACAGUGUGGAAAGAGUUUCACUCAAAAAGGUAGUCUUAAAUCCCACAUGAGAGUUCACACUAAAGAGAGCCCUUUCACCUGUGAACAAUGUGGAAAAAGUUUUACUCAAAAAGGAAACCUGAAAGUCCAUAUGAGAAUUCACUUUAAAGAAACCCCAUUCACCUGCCAAGAAUGUGGAAAAAGUUUCACUCAAAAAGGAAGCCUUAAAGAUCACAUGAGAAUACACACUGGAGAGAACCCUUACACAUGUCAACAAUGUGGAAAAAGUUUCAUUCGAAAAGGAAACCUGAAAGUCCAUAUGAGAGUUCACACUGGAGAGAGUCCUUACACCUGCCAACAUUGUGGAAAAAGUUUUUCUCAAAAAGCAAGCCUUAACAGCCACACAAGAAUUCACACUGGAGAAAAGCCUUUCAAAUGCUCUCAGUGUGAAAAGAGUUUUACACAUAAAGGAACCCUUACUAACCACAUGACAAUUCACACUGGAGAGAAGCCAUUCGUAUGUGGUCAGUGUGGAAAAGGUUUCAGAUUUUCAGUAACCCUUAAUUACCACAUGAAGAUUCACUCAAAAGAAAACUGUUCUAUAUGUCAUCAGUGUGGAAAAAGUUUCACAGACAAGAAACACCUUAAGAAUCAUGUAGAAAUUCACAUUGGAGAUAAGCCUUUCAUGUGUCAUCACUGUGGAAAGACUUUCAAAAACAAUGCAAACCUUCAGAUUCACAUAAGAAUUCACACUGGAGAGAAGCCUUUCACCUGUCUUCAGUGUGGAAAGAGUUUCACGGUUAAAGGAAACCUUGACAUUCACUCAAGGGUUCAUACUGGAGAGAGGCCUUACAGUUGUCUUAGGUGUGAGAGGACUUUCAAAUAUCAUAGAGACCUGAAAUGUCAUUUGCUAACUCAUUCUAGAAAGAAAUUACAAAGAUCUGAGUGUGAUACAAGGUUUACGAAAAAAAGCAAUUUAAGAAAUCUCCUGCACAUUCACUCUGGAGGAGGGCGAUUUAAUUGUGAUCGGUGUAAAAAAACAUUUCUUUUGCAAUCACAUUUAAAGAUGCAUAUGAAAAGUCACGCAGAUGUGAGACCCUAUUCUUGUUCUUUUUGUAGAAAGCGUUUUAAAUGGCUCAGCAAUUUAAAAUGGCACCAGAAAUUAUCUAUCUGUGUGAAAUCAAAGCUACGUUCAUGCCGCAGAUGAGUGUGGCCCAAAUUGGAUUUUCUGCUCAAAUGUUUUUUUUUUUUUUUUUUUUUUUUAAAUGUGGCCCAUAUCAGAUACUUGUUUGAACAGGUGAUGCUCAUACAAAACUCCAAAAUUUUCAUUGAUUUAGUGGUUCAAUUCUUCUAUUUUCAUCUUUUAUGUCUUUAUACUUUGCCUUGAUUUUCUUCUUUUUGUCAUAUGAAUACCUGUGGCAACACCCACCUAUCUCCUUUUGCUAUAUUUGCAAAUAUUGAGCGAUUGAGGUAGACGUCCUAUAAUUUCGGUUGUAUAGAGAUGUUGCUCAUGUACACUAUAUUGACAAAAGUUUUGGUACACCCCUCGAAAUCAUGGCCACAGGUGUAUAAAAUCAAGCACCUAGGCUGCAGACUUAUUCUACAAACAUUUGAGUCGCUCUCAGGAGCUCAGUGAAUUCAAGCGUGGUAUUGUGAUAGGUUGCCACCUGUGCAAUAAGUCCAUUUGUGAAAUUUCCUCGUUAUAUAUUCCACGCUAAACUUUUAGUGGUAUCUUAACACAGUGGAAGCAAUUGGGAACAACAGCAACUCAGCCACGAAGUGGUAGGCCGUGUAAAAUCACAGAGCGGGGUCAGCGCAUGCUGAGGUGCACAGUGCGCAGAAGUCACCAACUUUCUGUAGAGUCAAUAGCUACAGACCUCCAAACUUUGUGUGGCCUUUAGAUUAGCUCAAGAACAGUGCGUAGAGAGCUUCAUGGAAAGGGUUUCCAUGGCCAAGCAGCUGCAUCCAAGCCUUACAUCACCAAAUGCAAUGCAAAGCGUUGGAUGCAGUGGUGUAAAGCACGCCGCCACUGGACUCUAGAGCAGGGGAGACGUGUUCUCUGGAGUGACGAAUCAUGCUUCUCUGUCUGGCAAUCGGAUGGAUGAGUCUGGGUUUGGUGGUUGCCAGGAGAAUGGUACUUGCCUGACUACAUUGUGCCAAGUGUAAAGUUUGGUGUGGGGUUGUUUUUCAGGGGUUGGGCUUGUCCCCUUAGUUCCAGUGAAAGGAACUCUUAAUGCUCCCAACAUUGUGGGAACAAUUUGGGGAUGGCCCCUUCCUGUUCCAACAUGGAUGAGCGAGUUUGGUGUGGAGGAACUUGACUAGGCUGCACAGAGUCCUGACCUCAACUCGAUAGAACACCUUUGGGAUGAAUUAGAGCGGAGACUGUGAGCCAGGCCUUCUCAUCCAACAUCAGUGUCUGACCUCAGUUGAAGCUGUUAUAGCUGCAAAGGGUGAGCCAACUCCAUAUUGAACCCUACGGAUUAAGAAUAGGAUGUCAUUAAAGUUCAUGUGCAUGAAAAGGCAGAUAUAAUGUAUUUUGGAUAUUUUGGCAAUAUAAUGUAUUUCAGUAUAAUACAUUGAAAUAAAUAUAUUGUGUAAAUCUA